AAAAAAAAAAAAAGCUAGUGACCCGGAAGUACUUAUCAGCGAGGAGGGAAUCUGUCCCCCGGAAGCGGAAGUUCCUCUACCGUGAGAGCGAGAAAAACGCCGGAUAAACGUGCAGCACGAUGUGAGUAAAUAAAAUAUAAUGCUGGUUAUACUUUAUGGGAGAAGAUAUAACGGAAUUGGGCUAAAAGAGGAAUAUUGUUAUAAGAGCCCUUUAAGUCGUAUGUACAGAGCUGCGAGUUUCCAUAUCGCUCAUAGGAGGGAGCCAUGCCUGCACUAUGUGACACUGCCUGGGGGCACAGAUAUUAUAUGGACACAUUGGGGCAUAAAGCCAGCAGUUUAUAUCCGGGGGGGGGGGGAGAUAUUCAUUAUUAAAGUCCAGGGUUAUUCUAUAAAGUGGGAAUUUUAUAUCUUAGGUCAACAUAACCGAAGUGAAAACAGUGGCUGACUUGCUGUCAAUUCACAUUUUUAGUAAAUAAACACACCGUUUCUUUUGGCAGCUGCAUUUUAAUUGAGAAUUAUCAAACUGAGGUGUUUGAGAAUUUUGUACUGAGGUUCUAAAAACCUCCAGAAAUUCUAAAAAAAUAAUUAGCAGAUUUUUAGUGCUAUCUGUAGAGAACAUUGCAGAGGAGCACUAAAUACGCACAGACCAAAUACUAAAUCUGAGUGAAAGUAAUCUCAAUGGAAGUGUUCAGGGUGCAGUGGCCCUGUAGCUUUACAUUGCUGGGUGAAACACACUUCUAGCUAGGGUCUCUUCCUGAAGGACUUUCACUGCGACAAUUGUGUGAAAGUUUGUUUGUCCAGUCAUCAAAUGCAGCUCAUAGGAAAGCAUUAAAUUCUAUGGUUUGCUGUGCAAAGCACUUGAUUAAAUGUGUUCAUGCAUCUCAUUCCUAAUGCUCCAACAUGGGCAGCAGUACCUAGGGAGUCGCAGAGCUUGAUAACAGGGAAGUAAAAUCAGUCUAGCUCAUUUUUGUAGCUUACGAAGGGCCAUACAUUUAACUAGGGACAGGGGCACUAUACCAUUAAGAAUACAGGUUUGUAUUCCUAAUGCUAUAGUGGUCCUGUAGUGGAAUUAAUGCUGUUUUAUUAAAGGGACAUUAUAGUCACCAGAAGAACUACAGUUUAUUGUAUUUGUUCUGGUGAGUAGAAUCAUCAGAGAAAAUGCAGUGUUUACAUUAGUCUAUGGACACCUCCACAGGCCACUCCUCAGAUGGCUACCAGAGGUGCUUCCUGGGGCAGUGCUGCACCCUCUGCAUGGAGACACUGAAUUUUCUUCAUAGAGAUGUAUUGAUCCAAUGUAUUUCUAUGAGGAGAUGCUGAUUGGCCAGGGCUGUGUUUGGCUUGUUCUUGCUCUGCCCAUGAUCUGCCUCCUUGACUGGCUCAGACAAUCCUAUAGGAAAGCAUUGUGAUUGGCACACAUCCCCACUUCUGAUGAUAGCAAGCAGGCAGAUCAGGGGCAGAGCCAGCAGCAGACUAGAAUAAAGGUAAAAUGUUACUAUAUUUGGGGGUGGUGGGGGGCAGAUGGUGUUUUUAACACUAGGGUCAGGAAUAUAUGUUUGUGUUCCUUGCCCUAUAGUAUUCCUUUAAGGUAUACCUUUUUUAACCCCUUAAGGACCAGACUUUUGGCAUAAAAGGGAAUCAUGUCAUGUGUCCUUAAGGGGUUAAGCAGUCGAACUCCUUGCAGUUUGUGUAGAAUUACAGGUUAGCCAUUGGUGGAUUAAUAUAUGCAAGGAAAAUAAUCCCUUAUCCAAUUUUUUUGUUUUGUUUUUACUAUAUUCAGGAGUCUCCUAAACAAGCCCAAGAGUGAGAUGACUCCAGAAGAGCUCCAAAAACGGGAGGAAGAAGAAUUUAACACAGGGCCAUUGUCGGUCCUCACACAGUCCGUAAAGAAUAACACACAGGUCCUCAUCAACUGCAGAAAUAAUAAAAAGCUGCUGGGGAGAGUCAAGGCUUUUGACAGGUAUUGGGCAAAGAAACUGAUUACACUUUCAUCCACUGCACAAGGGAAAUUUAUAACUGUUUAUUCUUACAAGGGAAGGGAGGCUUUGGUGUAUGUAUCAUGGGCAAUUUGGUAAAGUUGUUCUUUAAAACCCUUGAUAUGGGGGGUGGAGCCUAGCAUCCAAGCAGAGUGGUUGUGCUGAACCUCAGCUCCCACUACACUAUGCACUUUUUGGGGGUAAUCCCCUCAAAAACCGGCACAAUCGCACCCUGGAAAGAACCUAGCAUGAAGGGGACACCCGGGGUUCUCAACUGAUACCGAAAUCAAGCCUGUAACACCCCGGGGACCCGACAAAAUGCCUUGAGGCCUACCAGAGAUCGGGCAGCGGGGAGACGGCUGCUCCCCAGGCUGACUGACCUGGACGUGGAACCCUCGAAGGGGCCACCUCCAGGACACCGGCUCCAUCUGCACCCAAAAUGGGUAUGCCUCGAACUCAUAGAGCCAUCAAGCCAGUGGUCAGACGAUGCCACCCUCUAUGUGGGGCUGGAGGGGGUCUUCGUCCCGCAACUGCCGCUCCGACACUUUGUCUUCACACUCCUGAUGACAACAUGCCACGAACUGGCAAGGGAUGAGCAGGACUGAAUUGCGGACAUGCCGCUCUGUUUAACUCUCUCCUCUCACCUUCCUUAUUUCUUUAGGUCCCCUCUAUACAGAAAGCAAUGCCAUGCUUUAAAUGGUUACCUUUGUCGCAGCCCACUUGUUUAUCUCCUAUAUCUAUUUGUUUUAUGAUACAGUUAGUUCCGCAUUGAGUCAAUGAUAAACAUCCAGCAAAGCAACUGUUAAUCUAUCAUAUAUCAGUUAAGCAAUUCCUAUGUGUGUUACCCAAUUUAGCAAGAAACGCCUACACUACGAUAUUGUUGAUGUUAUGAGUAUUCUAACUGUUUUAACAUAGUUAAAAUCCUUCUGGUGACACCCAAGGGUGCUGUGCCGUUAAUCUAAAGACCUACACAUUUCCAGUGCGUUAGAGCAUCCAGCUAACCUAACUACAGCUACCGCUAGCACUGUGUCGCAGCCUGAUAUGUCUGUGUUACUCCUGCUAUAAUUUAAAAAUGUGCAAUGUUUUUUGAUGCUACAGUACUGUUACCGCAUGUUUCCUUUAUGUUUGCUCCAGCUGUCGUGGCAUUGCAAAACUGCUUGUUAAAUCGAUGCACACGUAAAAUAAAGAAUUUAAAAAAAACCUUGAUUUGUUUGUGCAGUUGUACAUCACAUUUCUUAUACUUUCUCAUCUGCAGACACUGCAACAUGGUUCUAGAAAACGUGAAAGAGAUGUGGACAGAAGUACCUAAGAGUGGAAAAGGAAAGAAGAAAUCCAAACCAGUGAAUAAAGACAGAUACAUCUCCAAGAUGUUCCUCCGAGGAGAUAGUGUAAUUGUGGUGCUCAGGAACCCACUGUUGGCUGGAAAGUAAAUGUCUUCAAACAGUUCCCAUAGGGAUUAGGUCACACCUUUGAUGAAACCUCGUUGUAAUGGACAGUAGAGGUGACUUGAGCUGAAAUAACUGCCAAUUCCAUGAAGUGCUUUGAUUUCUGUACAUCUUCCAAUGUCUUCUUUCCUCUACACACAUCGUUUGCAGGUCUCCUCUCAUGGGUGUGACACAAAGAUGCCCAAACUUACGCUUAUGUUUUUUUUUAGUUAUGUUUUGUGUUUUUCUAAUAAACAUAAAUUACGCAGUCCUUUGUGAAUUAAUGUUUGCAUGAUAUAUAUUUUAAUGCAUUUUGACCUAGAUCACCCUAAUAACC